UUAAAAAAGGGAGUGGUUUCCAGUCUGCAAAAUUGCAUAAUUUAUUGUUGUAAGUGCAAGACUGAAGUGGUGAGAUCCAAUAAAACAGUAAACAUGGAUGAGCAGGACCCUGGCUUACUGACGGAAUGGGUAGACAGUGUCAAAGAGAAUUUAUCUGUGAUGAAGAAACAUCUCCAGCAGUUUCAUGCAAAUGAACACGCUUUGAUGACAUCACUUUCUCAUGCAUUACAGAGCUCAUGGAAUGCUCUCAGCAAACUCACAUACAAUUACAAAGCGAUGAAUGACUCUAGUGACUUAGAAUUGGGUGACGAGUGGGCCCAAGUUGCAUUGGAUUUAUCGUGGGAGCAGUUGAACACGGGACACUGGAAAGACGUUGGUCGUGUGUGGAGGGAAGCGUAUACUACCGCUGCUCUGAUGAAGGCACUCGGUUUGGUGAUGAAAGGCCAGACCCAAGAGGCGUUGGAGGUGACUGACAAAGGGAUAUUACUUGGAGCACCUAUCCUUGAUGGUGCAUUGCAUAGUCUUGCAAGUGUUUUAGUGAAAACAGUCAACUUGGCAAACCAUACUACGAUUGUUACAGCUGAUCAUGAUUUAACUUCUGUUUCCCUUUACCCUGAUGCGGAUCCUCCUGUAGAAAAGAAACCAAAGGUUGUUUUUAGAAGCUAUAUGCCAAUUCAACCAUUAUCUAUAAUAGCGGCAAAAACUGUCGAUAAUAACGGCGAAGACUCGUUCCCUGACAAGUGUAAAGCAUCAGACGUUCCUCUGAUUGACCCAUCGAGGAGAAUCUCUGUGAGGCACUGUCCUUCACUGGACGAGUUCAUGGAGCAGUAUAUGAAGAGUAGGGUUCCCGUGGUGAUCUCUGGAGCCAUGGACCACUGGCCUGCUUAUGCAGUCAAAAAAUGGAGUUUGGGUUACUUGAAGAAAGUAGCUGGCCCUCGUACAGUACCUAUUGAGUUGGGGUCAAAGUACACAGAUGAAGAGUGGUCACAGGAGCUAAUGACUCUCUCAGAAUUCAUUGACAGGUUUGUAACUCAGCAUCCUAUUAAUGGACCUAAAGGAUACCUAGCACAACAUCAGCUGUUUGAUCAGAUUCCAGAACUCAAGGAUGAUAUCUCCAUUCCUGACUACUGUUGCUUGAGAUACACUGAUUGUGUUGAAUCUGGAAAAUCACCUGCCAGCAAAGAUACCGCAAUAUCAUGUGAUUCACUGUGCACAACCCCCACACUGUCUAACAAUGCACCAACUAAUACUGAAGAGAUAGACAUCAAAGUGAAUGCCUGGUUUGGACCUAAGGGGACUAUUUCUCCACUUCAUUUUGACCCUGAACACAACCUCUUAUCUCAGGUGGUUGGUCGUAAGUACGUAAGGCUCUACAGUGAGAGUGAGACCCAAUACCUAUACCCACAUCAAGGAAUUCUCUCCAACACAAGUCAGGUGGAUAUUGAGAAGCCAGAUAUGGACAAGUUUUCCCUGUUCUCCAACGCCAAUUUUACUGAGUUUACCCUGCAUCCUGGUCAGAUGCUAUACAUCCCUCCUCGAUGCUGGCACUAUGUGCGCUCACUGGACAUCAGUUUCUCAGUGAGCUUCUGGUGGAGUUAAUUAUGCAGUCUUCAGAACCUGAACUGCAUUCGUGUAUGUGCAUGACAUUGUAUAUCGAUCAUAGUGUGUGUACGUAUAUACUCAAUCACGUUCAUUCUCUGUGUAGUGUGUCAUUCUCUGUGUAGCCUGGGUCAGUGUCAGUAAUAUAAUAUUUCUAGGGCCUCCGGUUAAUCAGGCAUUAAUUUUAUUCAUUACCAACAUUUAAUGUAGAUGAUGUAGUGUUAAUGAGAUUCAUAACCAUUAUUUAUUACUUUCAAUUGG